AAGGAGAAGAAAUGGUAUCAUUUUUCACGAGGAGGAGCAGCAGCUUAAUUAAAACCAGGACAUAACGUAACAGCCACUGCUCUCUUUCUGUUCUUCUCUGACCACCACCUCAAUCCUGACUCCCAACUCACUCGUAAAGUUGUAACAAAAACACAGUGUAGGAGGGAAGGGAGAAGACGACGACGAAGACGAAGACGAAGAAAUGCCGAUUUAUCUUUCUUCUGCUCACAGAAUGGACGAUGAAGAAAUCUGUUUAUUCGAUAAGGAUACAAUUGUCACUAAAGCUCCCAAGAAAUCUCCAUUAAUACUGAGGAUGGUGGUGCUGCUUUUUGCAAUGGUUUGUGGAGUUUUUAUUUGCUUAGUCUGUUUGAAGCAAAUAAACACUCAGACUAAGACCAAAUUAUUGAACAUCGUAGCGAUUAAUCACCGCGACAAAAUUAAUCAACCGUGCCAAGUUCCCGAUGAUCUUGAGCAAUCGGAAAUCAGCUAUCUGCAUUACCCUAAACCUCAAACCUUCAAAAGGAGGGAAUGCGUCUGCAAUCCCGUCCGCUACUUUGCCAUAUUGUCAAUGCAAAGAUCUGGGAGUGGAUGGUUUGAAACAUUGUUGAAUAGUCACAUUAAUGUAAGCUCAAAUGGGGAGAUAUUUUCGGUUCAAGAACGGAGGGUUAAUGUUUCUUCGAUUUUGAAGAACAUGGAUAAAGUAUAUAAUCUCGACUGGUUUAGUAGCGCCUCCAAGAAUGAGUGUUCAGCUGCCGUUGGAUUCAAGUGGAUGCUUAACCAGGGUUUGAUGGAGAAUCACCAAGAGAUAGUGAAGUACUUCGAGGAAAAAGGAGUGUCUGCAAUAUUCCUCUUCAGAAAAAACUUGCUCCGCAGAAAGAUUUCUGUACUUGCAAAUUCAUAUGAUAAAUAUGCUAAGCAACUCAAUGGCACUCACAAGUCACAUACCCAUUCUCCAUCGGAGGCUCAAAUACUUGCAAAGUACAAGCCCAAUAUUAAUGCCACAUUGCUAAUUCCCGAUCUUAAACAAGAUGAGGCGGAAGCUGCCAAAGCCAUAGAAUAUUUCAAGACUACUCGCCAUGUUGUUAUUUACUACGAGGAGGUUAUCAACAACCGUACAAAACUUGAUGAGGUUCAAGAUUUCCUAAGGUUGCCACACAGGGAGCUCAGGAGCCGUCAGGUUAAGAUACAUACGACGCCAUUGUCGAAACAAGUCGAGAACUGGGAAGAUGUGGAGAAAGUACUCAGAGGGACGUCGUACGAGAGUUUCAUGCAUGCAGACUAUCAACUGCAUUCUUCAGUUUCACCCCACUAA